GAUGUUUCUCUAGGGUUGAGGAUUAUAAUGACAACAAAUGGCAUGCCACUUUUAAAAACAACACUUUUGUUUUGGUGCUAACAAAAGUACUCUCUUUGAUCCUUUUCUUUAGCAUCAUUAACGUUUCCCUCCUCAUCCUCUCUCUCUCUCUCUGGUUUACUAUACGGUUGUACCAUUCAAAUUAAAGGAUUGUGCGAAACUGCAGAGUGAACUGCAGUAGAGGGGUAAUUAAUCCUCAGAUCGACGGAAAAAGAGGUAUCAUUGACAUGGAGCCCGAUUCACAGCAGAGAUCAUUUUCAAUCAAAUUAUGGCCUCCUAGUCAGAACACUAGACAGACACUUGUGGAGAGGAUGACCAACAAUCUGACUACUAAAUCUCUUUUCACACAGAAGUAUGGAACUUUGGACAGGGAAGAGGCUGAAGAGAAUGCAAAGAGGAUUGAAGAUGUGGCUUUUGCAACAGCAAACCUGCACUAUGAGAAAGAGCCAGAUGGUGAUGGAGGUUCUGCGGUUCAGCUUUAUGCCAAAGAAUGUAGUAAGCUCCUCCUUGAUGUUCUCAAAAGAGGACCUGGUAGAAAGGAGGAUGAAGUGGUGACAUCUUCUCACACCACUACGCCUCAUGAAUCUGUUUUUGAUAUAUCUAAAGGCAAACGGGCAUUCAUUGAAGCAGACGAGGCACAUGAACUUUUAAGUCCAUUAAAGGAUCCAGGGAAUUCUUUCACCAAAAUAUGUUUUAGCAACAGAAGCUUUGGGAUAGGAGCAGCACAAGUUGCCGAGCCCAUUCUCACUUCCCUCAAGGACCAGCUUAGGGAAGUGGAUCUAUCAGAUUUCAUUGCUGGAAGACCAGAAGCGGAAGCUCUUGAUGUUAUGAAAAUAUUCUCUUCGGCCCUUGAAGGCAGUGUCUUGAAUUCCUUAAACCUCUCGGACAAUGCAUUAGGUGAAAAAGGUGUUAGAGCAUUUGGAGCACUUUUGAAAUCCCAGAAAUGCUUGGAGGAGCUUUAUCUGAUGAAUGACGGUAUCUCAAAGGAAGCUGCUGGAGCAGUUUGUGAGUUGAUUCCUUUCACAGAGAAACUCAAAGUUCUCCAUUUUCAUAAUAACAUGACUGGCGAUGAAGGGGCACUAGCUAUAGCCGAGGUUGUGAAGCGUUCUCCUUCAUUGGAGGAUUUUCGUUGUUCCUCCACUAGGAUAGGCACUGAGGGUGGAGUUGCCUUGUGUGAUGCUUUAGGGAAUUGUACCCAUCUGAAGAAGCUUGAUCUACGAGACAACAUGUUAGGCACUGAAGGUGGGGUUUCUCUUAGUAAAGCUCUUUCCAAGCACACAGAGCUAAGAGAGGUAUACCUGAGCUACCUAAAUUUGGCAGAUGAUGGUGCAAUUGCUAUAGUCGAUGCUCUUAAGGAGUCAGCACCUCAACUUGAAGUUUUAGAGUUGAGCGGGAAUGACAUUACAGCUGAUGCUGCUCCUGCAAUUGCAGCCUGCAUUGCAGCAAAGCAGUUUCUGUCUAAGUUGAACCUCUCUGAGAAUGAACUCAAGGAUGAAGGUGCCAACCUGAUAAGUAAAGCCAUAGAAGGUCAUGGUCAGUUAAAGGAAGUUGAUAUAAGUGCCAACCAAAUAACCAGAAAUGGAGCUCGUCAAUUGGCUGUGACUGUGGUGCAAAAGGAUGAUUUCAAACAUCUGAAUAUUAAUGGCAAUUUCAUUUCCGAAGAAGGCAUUGAGGAGUUGACGGAUAUAUUUAAGAGUUCUCCUGACGUGCUGGGUCCAUUAGACGAAAAUGACCCCGAUGGAGAAGACAUCGACGAAGAAUCUGAAGAAGGUGAUGCAGAUGAACUGGAAUCCAAAAUGAAGAACCUUGCGGUUGAUUGAACUGAAGCAGUUGAAGUACUUUCAUGUUCUGCUGCUCAAGCAACUCUUAUGUAACUUCAAGUUCAUCAAUUGCCAGCAGACAAUCAUCGACGGGACAUAAAAUGUCUGCAACAUGUAGCGAAACCUUGUUUUUUUUUUUAGUUUCAUUUCAUUAAGGUAGAUUUUAUCAUUUUCAGUUGCUUCCCAGCAGUCAUUAGUGUAAUGACAUCUUGUAUUCUUCGAUGAUGUGUUAUUUUGUUUUACAUA